CUACCCCAUAGAGAGUUAACAUCUGCAUAUAUUUUGUCUUGUUCCUGUACCUAAGUAAAUCACCAAUCUGACUUCAGCAGCCCUCACGAAGGAAGUCACAAUGGCCCCUGAAGCGCUUUCAGUGAAUGACCCCAGGGUCCAGCAUAACUUUUUACAAGUCGAUCAAAAUAUCAAAUACCAUUACAUAGUGGCAUCUCCCCAAGAGAAUCCAGCCGCCGUUGUACUUCUCUUGCACGGAUGGCCUGACCUCGCCCAUGGAUGGCGAUUCCAGGUGCCGUACCUCCUGAGCCUCGGGCUCCGGGUCGUCGUGCCCGACAUGCUCGGGUACGGACAAACGUCAGCGCCAGACGCGCCCGCGGCCUACUCGCUCCGAAACAUGUCGGACCACCUGGCGCAGCUGAUCCGGGCCGUAUCGCCAGACGCGCCCGUCGUGGUCGGCGCGCACGACUGGGGGGCCUUCCUGGCAUGGCGUCUGGCCAUGUACCACCCGGACCUGGUGCGCGCCGUCUUUUGCUUCUGCAUACCGUUCGCGCCGCCGCAGCCCGCCGCCGUCGUGCCGCUCGAGGACUUUGUCGAGGCAAAUCCUGUCUUCGCUUAUCAGCUCCAGAACGCCGGGCCCGAGGCCGAGGCCCUGGCCGGCCAGUCCCCCGCGCACUUGCGCGGUUUCCUCAACGCCAUGUUCGGCGGCACGACGCCCGAUGGCCUGCCUGGUUUUGAUCCCUACGUGGGUUUGAUAGCGGAUCGGUUACUCGAGGUUGGACCGUCGCCGCUGGUGUCGCCCGAAGCGAUGCACCAUUAUGUGUCCGAGUUCUCGCGCAACGGCCUGCACGGGCCAAUGAAUUGGUACCGCACGCGGUCCAUCAACGGCGAAGAGGAGCUACCGCUGGCAAAGGAUGCCUCGGCAUUCCGAUUCCAGAUUCCCGCCAUGUUGAUCAUGGCUGGGCAGGACCCGGCCCUCACCCCAGACCUAGCCGAUGGCCAGGAAGUGUUUUUCGCCAAGGGUCUGAAAAAGGGUGUCAUCCCAAAGGCGUCACAUUGGAUCCUGAUUCAUUGUCCCGAGGAGUCUAACAGGUACAUCGGAGAGUUCGUGAAGGAUGUCCUCAGCCAAGACUACUCAUCGUGAUGUAAACCAUACUAGAGUAGUUGAUCAUGUUCAGCAAACAAUAAAACGGUCCGCUUAUUUGAAGUGAAUUUCAGUUGGUUGCAGUCCCACGAGGUCAUCUCUUACUUGCUACUUUGGCAAAAUGGUGAAGUUGUUCGAAGCGAU